AUGAAUGAAGAUCUGAAAGUUAAUAUAAGCUGGCUGUCUCAGGACCUUGUAGAAACCAGCUCUCCAGAGAAUGUAUCAGCUGCAAUUUCCUCUCUGAUCCCAGUGCUAGAACCACCGCCUGAACCACAGCUUCUCGUCAACCCGUGGGAUAUCGUUCUCUGUACAUCAGGAACCCUCAUCUCUUGCGAAAAUGCCAUUGUGGUACUUAUCAUCUUCCAUAAUCCUAGUCUCCGUGCCCCUAUGUUCCUCCUAAUUGGCAGCCUGGCUCUGGCAGACCUUUUGGCAGGUGUUGGAUUGAUUGUCAAUUUUAUUUUUGCCUAUCUACUACAAUCAGAAGUUGCCAAGCUUGUCACAGUAGGACUGAUCGCUGCCUCUUUCUGUGCCUCUGUCUGCAGCUUGCUUGCUAUCACAGUUGACCGAUACCUAUCGCUCUACUACGCUUUGACUUAUAACUCAGAAAGAACUGUGACAUUCACGUACGUCAUGCUUGUACUUCUGUGGGGAGCGUCUACCUGCGUCGGACUAUUGCCCAUUAUGGGUUGGAAUUGCCUUAAGGAUGAAUCGACGUGUAGUGUGAUAAGGCCUCUUACGAAAAACAAUGCAGCCGCACUUUCCGUCUCCUUCCUGCUUAUGUUUGCCUUAAUGUUGCAGCUCUAUAUCCAGAUCUGUAAAAUAGUGAUGAGGCACGCACAUCAAAUCGCUUUGCAGCACCAUUUUUUGGCUACUUCCCAUUACGUCACAACUCGAAAAGGAGUGUCUACCUUGGCUAUAAUAUUGGGGACAUUUGCCGCCUGUUGGAUGCCUUUCACCUUGUAUUCUUUAAUAGCUGAUUACACCUACCCGUCAAUUUACACCUAUGCCACCCUGUUGCCCGCCACUUACAAUUCCAUCAUCAAUCCUGUAAUAUAUGCGUUUCGAAAUCAAGAAAUCCAGAAAGCACUGUGGAUGAUAUGUUGUGGUUGUAUCCCGUCAAGUGUGUCACAAAGGGCGAGAUCACCGAGCGAUGUUUGA